AUGAUGGUGAAGGAGCCAGAGCUGAAGCUUUUCGGGAGGAAUAUUCUCUUGCCGGAGAAGGGCCGAGCCGCCUCGGGGGAAUAUUCCGGAGAGUCCUCCGUCGAGAGCAGCAACGGCGGCGCUGUGGACUGCGGCAGCUGUGUGGAUGCGAGUGGUGGGAAGAAAGGAGGAGACGAAGAAAAAGCCGGUGGUGGUGGUGGUGAAAAACAGGGGAAGGUUGAGGAGGUUCGACAACAUGAACAACAGGAGAAACACGAGUCAGAGGAGGAAGAAGAAGAAGUGUGUGAAGCCGUUAUCGAUCAAGAUUUGAACAAAAACCCAACCGAAUCACACACCACCACCAACCCUCCCUCCGAGCCCUCGCCCAAAAACGGCCCACCACAAGCCCUCAAGAAGCCCGACAAGAUCCUCCCGUGCCCUCGAUGCAAGAGCACGGACACCAAAUUUUGCUACUUCAACAACUACAACGUGAACCAGCCGCGCCACUUCUGUAAGGGCUGCCAGCGUUACUGGACAGAUGGCGGCACCAUGCGCAACGUCCCCGUGGGAUCCGGGCGCCGCAAGAACAAGAGCUAUUGUCCCCGCAACCUCCCCUUCCCCGGGGCCCGGCCUGACUCGAACGGUGGGGUCCUUUGCUUCGGCCACGAUAACGGGCCGAGCAGGCCCGUUUCCCCCUGGCCCCUUCCAGCAUUCUAUCCUCCGUACUACUACUACACUCCGCCUGUCUGGAAUGCCAGCUUUCCCGGGCCGGGCCAUAAUGCGGCGAUUGGUGCGGGCCCUACAAAGCGCUCGAGGGAGGGGGAGCCAAAUGGGAGCCCGGUUGUGGUCCCGAAGACUUUGAGGGUCAACGAUCCUCGAGAAGCCGCGAAAAGCUCGAUAUGGUCGACUCUAGGGAUCGCGUGCGACAGUUCUAGGAGGGAAGGGCUGAUCAAGGCCUUGCAGUCGGGGGGUGACGAGAAAAUUAGGUCGAACAUCAUUAAUUCAUCUCUGUUGCAGGCAAAUCCGGCGGCUUUGUCUCGGUCCGUAUGCUUUCGGGAGAGGGUAUGA